UCCAGCGGAACCGAUUUGAUCCCAUCAGCUAGAGCGUCCCGCAGCCAGCACUAUGCGUCACGCAAAGUUCAUCGCACGCACGGUGCUUGUGCAAAACAACAACGUCGAAGAAGCUUGCCGAGUUUUGAAUCGCAUUUUGGGAAAGGAAGAAAUCUUUGACCAGUUUCGGCGCACCCGAUACUACGAGAAGCCAUUCCAGACUCGCCGGCGCAUCAACUUCGAACGCUGCAAAUCGAUCUACAACGAGGACAUGAACCGGAAGAUCCAGUUUGUGUUGCGAAAAAAUCGCGUUGAUCCGUUCCCGGGUUGCAGUUAAAUGUAUCAGUAAAACGUAGUACAAUC